GCUUUAUAAAUAUAGAUUGUUGUUGUUUUACACAACCACAUAUCCUUGGACUACAUCAUCUUCAUAAUCAUAGUCACAACACAACACAAAUCAUGUCUCUAUGGCUCAUUGCAUUCUCUAGUUGCAUAUUAUCAAUCUUAAUAUACCGUUUGGUGAAGUUUGCAACAAGAACUUCAUCACUACCACUCCCACCUGGACCAAAACCAUGGCCAAUAAUAGGUAACUUACCACACCUUGGCCCUGCACCACACCAAUCUCUUGCAACCUUGGCUGAAACCUAUGGCCCUUUGAUGCACCUCAAAUUAGGCUCGGUGGAUGUGAUCGUGGCGGCUUCGGCCUCCGUGGCGGAACAAUUCUUAAAGGUACAUGAUGCUAACUUUAGUAGCCGGCCACCCAAUGCCGGAGCUAAGUACAUAGGUUAUAAUUAUCAAGACCUUGUGUUUGGUCCUUAUGGUCCAAGGUGGCGACUACUCAGAAAAAUCACUACUGUUCACCUCUUCUCCAACCAAUCCUUGGAUGAAUUUAAACACCUACGUCAGGAAGAGGUAACAAGAUUGGUCAACAAUUUGGCAAGUAAUCAUUCAAACUCAAAAGUUGUGAACUUAGGACAACUAUUAAAUGUAUGUACAACCAAUGCACUUGCCAGGGCUGUGAUAGGAAGGAGGGUAUUUAAUGAAGGAAAUGGUGAUUUUGAUCCUAAAGCUGGUGAUUUUAAGGCUAUGGUUGAUGAGUUGAUGGUUUUAGGUGGAGUUUUCAACAUUGGUGAUUUUAUUCCAUCAUUGGAAUGGCUAGACCUUCAAGGACUUCAAGCUAAAAUGAAGAAAUUACACAAGAGGUUUGAUGCAUUUUUAACAAACAUUAUUGAUGAACAUAAAACUUCUAUUUCUAGGAGUGAGAAACAUAAGGAUUUGUUGAGUACUUUGUUGUCACUUAAAGAGGAAACAUAUGAGGAUGGAAAUCAACUCACUGAUAUUGAGAUCAGAGGACUACUUAUGAACAUGUUUGUAGCUGGGACAGAGACAACAUCAAUCACCAUAGAAUGGGCUAUUGCAGAAUUGCUCCGAAAUAAAAGAAUCAUGACCCAAGUCCAACAAGAAUUAGAGACCGUUGUUGGUCGAGACAGGAACGUGAAAGAAGAGGAUUUACCUCAACUACCUUACCUUCAAGCAGUGGUAAAAGAAACAUUUCGCUUGCAUCCAUCUACACCUCUUUCCCUCCCGCGAAUUGCAUCUGAAAGUUGUGAGAUUUUUGGGUACCACAUUCCAAAGGAUUCAACUCUUUUGGUAAAUGUAUGGGCCAUAGCUCGUGACCAAGAAAUAUGGGUUGAUCCAUUAAAGUUCAAACCCGAGAGGUUCUUACCAGGUGGUGAGAAUUGUGAUGUUGAUGUGAAGGGAAAUGAUUUUGAGGUUAUACCUUUUGGCGCUGGACGUAGAAUAUGUGCUGGAUUGAAUCUAGGAAUUCGAAUGGUCCAACUUCAAAUUGCUACCUUGGCUCAUUCGUUUAAUUGGGAGCUUGAAAAUGGGAUAAAUGCAAAAGACAUAAACAUGGAUGAAUCUUUUGGCUUAGGUAUUCAAAGAGCUGUGCCAUUAUUAGUGCACCCUAAACCAAGGCUCUUGCCACAUGUGUACUCGUCAUGUUUUUGAUUUUGAAAUUUUCUUUUUAUGCAAGUUGCAUUUCCCUUUCCUAUGUUUUGUUAUUAAAUUUUAAAUAAACAAGUUUGUAGUCAGGCACGCAUCCACUCAUGUGGUAUUGGGGCAAUUGCCUCCACCAAUGUUUAUUUAUAUGUGUUGAA